CCGGGGUCGCUCCCCGCCCUGAGUCCCUCAGACAGCCAUGCUGCCCCGAGGGCGUCCCCGGGCACUGGGGGCCGCCACGCUGCUGCUGCUGCUGCUGCUGGUGGUUGGCUUCUUCCUGUUCGGCCGAGACCCUGAGUACGGACUACGGGCAGCUGCCACCUUCGAUGGAGACCCGUACGGGAGCCGCAACCGCUCCGCCUCCGGCCUGCAUCCUCCACUGCCACCCAAGUGCGAGCUGUUGCAUGUGGCCAUCGUGUGUGCGGGACACAACUCGAGCCGAGAGGUCAUCACCCUCGUGAAGUCCGUGCUCUUCUACAGCCAUGCCAGGCUCUUUCCACCCAAAAGGAAAAAUCCGCUGCACCUCCACCUGGUAACGGAUGCUGUAGCCAGAAACAUCCUGGAGACGCUCUUCCGGACAUGGAUGGUGCCGGCUCUGGUGAUCAGAUUCUAUGACGCUGAAGAGCUCAAGCCCCUGAUCUCCUGGAUCCCCAACACGCACUACUCUGGCCUCUAUGGGCUAAUGAAGCUAGUACUUCCCAGCAUCCUGCCUCUCAGCCUGGCUCGAGUCAUUGUCCUGGACACCGAUGUCACCUUCUCCUCUGACAUUGCGGAGCUAUGGGCACUCUUUGCUCACUUUUCUGACAAGCAGGUGGUCGGUCUCGUGGAGAACCAGAGCGACUGGUACCUGGGCAACCUCUGGAAGAACCAUAGGCCCUGGCCUGCCUUGGGCAGGGGAUUUAACACAGGUGUGAUCCUGCUGUGGCUGGACAGACUUCGGCAAACUGGCUGGGAGCAGAUGUGGACCUUGAUGGCCAAACGGGAGCUCCUUACUCUGACGGCCACGUCCCUGGCUGACCAGGAUGUCUUCAAUGCUGUCAUCAAGGAGCAUCCCGAGCUGGUGCAUCCCCUGCCCUGUGUCUGGAAUGUGCAGCUGUCGGACCACACACUGGCUGAGCGCUGCUACUUGGAGGCAGCCGACCUCAAGGUGAUCCACUGGAAUUCCCCAAAGAAGCUCCGAGUGAAGAACAAGCAUGCAGAAUUCUUCCGAAACCUGCACUUGACCUUCCUGGGGUAUGAUGGGAAACUGCUGCGGAGAGAGCUCUUUGGCUGCCCCAACCAGCUCCCUCCUGGGGCUGAGCAGUUGCAACAGGCCCUGGCACAGCUGGAUGAGGAAGAGCCCUGCUUUGAAUUCCGGCAACAGCAGCUCACUGUACAUCGUGUGCAUAUCACCUUCCUGCCCCACCAGCCGCCACCUCCCCGGCCUCACGAUGUCACCUUGGUGGCCCAGCUCUCUAUGGACCGGCUGCAGAUGCUGGAAGCCCUGUGCAGGCACUGGUCAGGCCCCAUGAGCCUGGCCUUGUACCUGACAGAUGCAGAUGCUCAGCAGUUCCUGCAUUUCGUGGAAACUUCGCCAGUGCUCUCUGCGAGGAAGGAUGUAGCCUACCAUAUAGUGUACCGGGACGGUCCCCUCUAUCCAGUCAACCAGCUCCGCAACGUGGCCUUGGCCCAGGCUCUCACGCCCUACGUCUUCCUCAGUGACAUCGACUUCUUACCUGCCUACUCCCUCUAUGACUACCUCAGGGCCUCUAUUGAGCAGCUGGAGCUGGGCAGUCGGCCGCGGAAGGCUGCUUUGGUGGUGCCUGCCUUUGAGACCCUGCACUACCGCUUCAGCUUCCCCAACUCCAAGGCAGAGCUGUUGACCUUGCUGGAUGCAGGCUCUCUCCACAUCUUUAGGUACCAUGAAUGGCCACAGGGUCAUGCGCCCACAGCCUAUGCCCACUGGCGGGAGGCCCAGGCACCAUACCAGGUGCAGUGGGCAGCUGACUAUGAGCCCUACGUGGUGGUGCCUCGUGACUGUCCCCGAUACGAUCCUCGCUUUGUGGGCUUUGGCUGGAACAAGGUGGCCCACAUCAUAGAGCUGGAUGCUCAGGAAUAUGAACUCCUGGUGCUGCCCGAGGCCUUCUCCAUCCACUUGCCCCAUGCUCCAAGUCUGGACAUCUCCCGCUUCCGCUCCAGCCCCGCCUAUCGGGACUGUCUCCAGGCUCUCAAGGAGGAGUUCCACCAGGACUUAUCACGGCGCUAUGGGGCUGCAGCCCUGAAAUACCUCACUGCCCUGCAGCAGUCCCAAAGCCGGGCCUGAGCUUGCCAAGCUGCCCCUGGCCAAGGCUCUCUCUCUCACACACACACUCCCGGAAGACACUGGAGGACCCUGGUGGGUGCCCACCCUUACUGCUAUUUAAAUUAUUUAAGGUUUUUGUCAGAGGGGCUGGGGUGGAGCAUCUGCGGGGUUCCUGGCUGGUUUCCCUGUUGGGGUCCAGCCCUUCUUUGCCCCAGCUGGUUUGGGGCUACUUCCCCCAAUCCCUUUUCAUAAUAAAAAAAUUAAAAAUUUUUCAUUUUA